AUGCACAUACAUAUACCCAAAGAUAAAAGGACAAAGUUGGAACCUUCUGACAAGAAGGGAAUAUUUGUAGGCUAUAGUGAAACAUCAAAAGCCUACAAAAUCUAUAUUCCAUGGCAGAAAUUGAUUGAGUUAAGUAGGGAUGUGACAUUUGAAGAGGCUGUUGCAUUCAGAAAAUCCAAGGGCAUCCAUGAGAUGGACAGUGAAGAUCAAGAGCCUCUUCAAAAUAUGGAAGAUGAUCAUACUCCUGAGAUUCAUAGGGAGACUCAUGAACUUGAAGAAGAUGAUGAUCCAAAUGAGCUCUUGAAUCCUACUGAUGGGCCUCCUGACAUUGUUAUUGGCAAGAAAAGACCUCUUUGGGCAAGGAAAAUGAAGCAAGAGGCUGAAAUUUUUGCAACCCCAAGAGGAACAUUUAGAGAAAGUAAGAGACCUCAUAAGUUCUUUAGCUAUGUUGCAUUGAUGAGUCAAAUCAUUGAAUCAGUUGAGGAAGCUACUAUUCAAUAG